AUAUAAAUAUUUGUUGACAAAUUUAUGCAUAAUGGGUGAUAAAAUUACAGAAAAAGAAAAAGAUAACAAGUCGAAUCCAUGGCUGGAUGCACAUUAUAAUCCAGUGGCUUCACUUUAUACAUUUACAUCAUGUAUUGCUUUAGCAGACUUGCAUGCUGAUGGAGAAAAUAAGUUAGUUGUUGCUGAUCUCGGAACAGGGACUUAUAAUAUGAAGCUUAAAGUUUAUAAAGGAACAUCUUUAAUGACAGAAAGCUCUAUUAUUGACCUUCCUACUGCUGUGGUUACAUUUCAUAUGGAUAUGAAUGAACCAAAAACACCAGCUAUUGCUGUUGCCAGUGGACCUUUUAUCUAUAUCUACAAAAAUUUACGGCCAUACUUCAAAUUUUCAUUACCAUUAGAAGAGGUGAAUCCGGUGGAAAAUGACAUAUGGAAUCAAGCCAAAGAGGAUAGAAUCAAUGUUAGUGUCAUGAGAGAUAUGCUUUCGUCUUUGCGAGAGGAGCUUGGUGUGUCGGUACUUACUGUUCGAUCUUUAAAAUUUCUACAAUUACCUCCAGAAGAAGUUGAACCGUUUGCAGCAGUCCACAAGCACACACCUUUGAAAAAACAGUCUGUUGUAACAUGUAUGGAUACAUUACGCAAAACUUCGAAUGAUGAAGGCAGUAUUAGCUGUCUGGUUGUUGGUGCAGAAAACAAGGAUAUCUGUAUUCUUGAUCCUGAAGCUUUCACUGUCCUUAGUAAGGUGUCCAUUCCCAGUGUUCCUGUCUUCAUGGCUGUUUCUGGUUUGUUUGAUGUUGACUACAGAAUCAUGAUUGCUUGUAGAAACUCAAAGAUAUACCAUUUGAAAAAAGGAAACGAUCCUGCAAGAUUAGUUGUCGAGCUUCCGUCCCCUAUUGUUGGAUUGGAAAGAGUUGGGAAAAAUAUUGUUGUUGGGUGUAUGGAUCAGACGAUAACAAGUUUUUCUUCCAAGGGCAAAAAGCUAUGGGCUGUACAUCUUCCAGAUAUCAUUACUACUAUGACGUUGCUCAAUCAUAAAGCUAAGGGAUAUAAAGCAUUGCUUGUUGCUUUAAAUAAUGGAGAAGUACGCGUCUAUAGAGACAAAUCACUGUGCAAUGUCAUAAAUGCUCAGGAUGUUGUUACUGGUAUGAGAUACGGAAGGUUUGGUCGUGAAGAUGGCGCUUUAGUAAUGGCUACAAAAGGUGGUGGAUUGAUUGUUAAGAUUUUAAAACGAACAGCUCAAUUUGAGAAUAUGCACAUGGGCAGUGGUGUUCCAGCCGCUCAACUUGCUAAAAUAAACGUUCCAAGAAAAACGAAAUUAUUUGUUGAUCAAGCGUUGCGCGAAAGAGAACAUUCGCAAGCUAUGCAUCAAGUUUUUCAGACCGAUUUGUUUAAGCUGCGACUUAACACAGCACGGUCUUUUGUGAAAACACUUGAAACAAGAAUGAAUCCAAUCUCAUCAACACUUGAUGAUCCUUUAAAGCUAUCAGCACAGGUUCUUGGUUUGGGACCGACCUUUCAAAUUAUGAUUUUACUAUCAAACACAUCUGCUGAUAUACCUUCCAAAGAUUUGCUCAUCACAUUCUCAGCUGAUAAUGCCUUGUAUAAAAUACAACAUCCAGUUAUCGAGGUACCGUUCGUUCUUCCUGGCGGCGUUUUUAACUACAACACACUUGUAGAAGCGAUCAGCGAUAAAGGAAUAGCUGAUAAAAUCAAAGUGUAUCUUCUUCAUAAAGAACAAUCUAUCCCAAUCAUCACAGCCAUUAUAAGUAUGCCAGUCAGCGAAGGUAUUAUUAUGGAGUAGCAGGCUCUCCGUUACAGAGAUGUAACAUGCUCUCCAUCACGGACAUGCAUCACGGACAUCACGUAAAAGCUGGAUACGUUUGUUUUAAAAUUUCAAAUUUUGAUACAGGGUUUGAUACACUAGAAGAAUUUUUACGUGAGUGCCUUAAACCCUCCGCCGCUGUUAUCUUUAUGGAUUUAGAAAUUUUGGAAUAAACUUGCGCAAUAACAAUUUAGGAAACAAGUUGCAAUUAAGCGAGCAACUUUUUACAUUAAAUAUGCUAACACUAAGUUGAAUUUUGCGACCGCGAAACCUUCUUGUCUUGAUGUUUUGUUUUCAACGUGGUUUUAGCCAGUGACAAAUAGUUUACCGUUUUUCGGGGAAAUCUUUAGGAGAGUCUAUAGUGCAAGUUUUUUAUUUUAUGAAACUUUAUUUAUUUGUAAAUAUUUGUAAAAAUUGGAUGUU